CCUGAGGACUUACCGUCAGCUUCUAGAAUAUCUGAGUCUCCUCCCCUGUUCCUCACUGAUUUUUAAUUAAAAAGGCAACGUCGGCUGACUCAGACCCAGAUUCCUCUCCCACACGGCCACGGCCAAAGUGUGUUCCGCAUUCCCCCCGGUUCAACUGCGUGCGCUGCGGAAGGGAAAGCCCGCCCCGUGCGGAAGCUUCCCGCCUUUCUUCCCCCGCCCCGGCGCCAGUGGGCCACUAGAGUCUAGAGCACAGGAUGCACUGCACCCUCCUAACUCUACCUUCACCCUUGACCGCCGCCGUGGAAUGGAAUUUCAAACCCCUGCCGAUGCUGCCGCUGCUGCCUCCACCAACCCGGUCGCCGCCAGCCCGCUAUAUAUCGUGCUCCGCAACCACCUUUCAGCAAACCAGGAAGCUGGCAACUGGCAUACAGCGUGUUAUUGGAUUCGUGAUCUCUCCGAGCGUCAACGAUCAAGAACGGAGCGCAUUCUCCUGCACGAACCUUGAUCCGACCGUCCUUCCUUCUUUCUGGGAGGGGGGCAGCCAGCCAUGGACACGGGGGAGGCGGCGUUCGGGGUGGCGAGCCUGCGGAUGGGCUCGUACCGGGAGCAGCGCGGCAGCGGCGUCUUCUCCCGGGCGUCGUCGUCCAGGGCGGGCGACGAGGACGACGAGGAGGCGCUCAUGUGGGCGUCGCUCGAGCGGCUGCCCACGCACGCCCGCGUCCUCAAGGGCGUCGUCCCCGGCGACGGCAGCGGGGGCGGCGGCGGCGGGCUCGUCGACGUCGCAGGCCUCGGGUUCCAGGAGAGGACGCGCCUGCUCGACCGGCUCGUGCGCGUCGCCGAGGAGGACCACGAGCGCUUCUUGCUCAAGCUCAAGCAGAGGAUAGACAGAGUUGGUAUCGACUUUCCGACGAUCGAAGUGCGAUACGACCACCUCAACAUCGAGGCGCUGGCACAUGUGGGGAACAGAGGCUUGCCCACCUUCAUCAACACCACUCUGAAUUCUCUAGAGACAUUAGCGAAUCUUCUCCGUAUUGUUCCCAACAAGAAGAUCCCGAUGAACAUCCUGCACGAUGUCAACGGAAUUAUCAAGCCAAAGAGGAUGACGUUACUAUUAGGGCCACCAGGAUCAGGGAAGACCACACUGCUUCUUGCUUUGGCAGGGAAACUAGGCUCUGACCUAAAGGUUUCCGGGAAAGUGACAUAUAAUGGGCAUGGAAUGAAUGAGUUUGUGUCUCAGAGAUCAGCAGCUUACAUAUCCCAACAUGACCUCCACAUCGCCGAGAUGACGGUACGGGAAACCUUGGCCUUCUCAGCCAGAUGCCAAGGGGUCGGAAGCAGAUACGGUGAGCUCAAAAUUGACCGCAUUAUGGGAGAUAAUUUACUCCUCUCACUUCAUAGUUGUGUGCUGAUUUCUGAUGAACUUGUCCUAGACAUGCUUACUGAGCUAUCAAGAAGGGAGAAGGCUGCAAAUAUCAAACCAGACCCAGAUCUUGAUGUCUACAUGAAGGCAAUAUCAGUGGGCGGUCAGGAUACAAAUAUCAUCACUGAUUACAUCCUCAAGAUUUUAGGGCUUGACAUUUGCGCUGACACCAUGGUCGGAGAUGAUAUGCUGAGAGGAAUCUCAGGGGGGCAGCGCAAACGUGUCACAACUGGUGAGAUGAUGGUCGGAGCAGAAAGAGCACUGUUCAUGGAUGAAAUCUCCACUGGCCUGGAUAGCUCUACCACAUACCAGAUAGUGAAAUCACUUGGACUAAUCACCAACAUCCUCAGUGGCACAACUGUCAUUUCCUUGUUGCAACCUGCACCAGAAACAUAUAAUUUGUUUGAUGACAUAAUCCUCUUGUCGGAUGGUCACAUUGUGUAUCAAGGGCCACGUGAACAUGUGCUUGAAUUCUUCGAAUCCAUGGGCUUCAAAUGUCCCGACCGGAAAGGGGUCGCCGACUUUUUGCAAGAAGUGACAUCAAGGAAAGAUCAGCCACAAUACUGGUCAAGGAGUGACCGGAGAUACCAAUAUGUCCCAGUCAAGGAGUUUGCCCGUGCAUUCCAGGCAUUUCAUGUUGGCCAGAGUUUAUCUGCAGAGCUCUCUCGCCCUUUCGACAGGAGCCAGUGCCACCCUGCUUCACUGACAACCUCGACAUACGGCGCAAGCAAGACAGAGCUGCUGCGUGCGUGCAUCGAGAGGGAGUGGUUGCUCAUGAAAAGGAAUUUGUUUGUCUACCAAUUCCGGGCUUUUCAGCUUCUGGUAAUGACAGUAAUCGUUAUGACACUGUUCCUGCGCACAAACAUGCACCAUGGUACGGUUAACGACGGCAUUGUUUACCUGGGUGCUCUGUUCUUCGCUAUAGUUGCCCACAUGUUCAACGGUUUCUCUGAGCUCGCUUUGGCCACCAUAAAAUUGCCGGUCUUCUUUAAGCAAAGGGAUUACCUCUUCUUCCCUGCAUGGGCUUACGCCAUACCAACUUGGGUCCUCAAGAUCCCGAUAUCUUGCGUUGAGGUCGCCAUCACAGUAUUCUUGGGUUACUACGUCAUUGGGUUCGAUCCAGAUGUUGGAAGGCUGUUCAAGCAGUACUUGCUGCUGUUGCUUGUCAACCAGAUGGCUGCAGGAUUGUUCAGGUUUAUCGCAGCAUUGGGCAGGACCAUGGUUGUUGCAAAUACACUGGCGUCCUUUGCACUUCUUGUGCUGCUCGUGCUCAGUGGAUUCGUCCUGUCGCAUCAUGAUGUGAAGAAAUGGUGGAUCUGGGGCUACUGGAUGUCACCUCUUCAGUAUGCCAUGAGCGCCAUUGCUGUAAAUGAAUUCCUUGGGGACAAAUGGCAACGGGUUCUCCAGGGGUCCAACAGAACUCUAGGAAUAGAUGUGCUCAAGUCCAGGGGCUUUUUCACUGAGGCAAAAUGGUACUGGAUUGGCGUUGGGGCACUCGUGGGAUACGUCGUCGUGUUCAACAUCCUCUUCACCCUCGCUCUAAGCUACCUUAAACCGUUGGGGAAAUCUCAGCAAAUUCUUUCAGAGGAUGUACUGAAGGAGAAGCAUGCCAGUAUCACCGGCGAAACUCCUGAUGGCUCUAUCUCUGCGGUCUCAGGGAACAUCAACAACUCAAGGAGAAAUUCUGCCGCCCCAGAUGGCAGUGGUAGGAGGGGAAUGGUCCUGCCCUUUGCACCGCUUGCUGUUGCCUUCAACAACAUGAGAUACUCUGUUGACAUGCCUGCGGAAAUGAAAGCACAAGGUGUUGAUGAAGAUAGGCUGCUUUUGCUGAAGGGAGUCAGUGGCAGUUUCAAGCCGGGAGUCCUGACAGCGCUGAUGGGGGUCAGCGGCGCCGGCAAGACCACGCUGAUGGAUGUGUUGGCUGGCAGGAAGACUGGAGGUUACAUUGAAGGCGACAUCUCAAUCUCCGGCUACCCGAAGAAGCAGGAGACCUUCGCUCGUAUCUCAGGUUACUGUGAGCAGAAUGACAUCCACUCGCCAAAUGUGACGGUGUACGAGUCCCUGGUCUACUCCGCAUGGCUCCGACUGCCUUCCGAUGUCGAGUCAGAAACAAGAAAGAUGUUCAUAGAGCAAGUGAUGGAGCUGGUAGAACUGAAUUCACUGAGGGAUGCGCUUGUUGGACUACCUGGAGUGAACGGCCUGUCAACGGAGCAGAGGAAGAGGCUGACGAUCGCGGUCGAGCUUGUUGCUAACCCCUCUAUAAUAUUCAUGGAUGAGCCUACCUCUGGCCUUGAUGCCAGGGCCGCGGCUAUUGUCAUGAGGACGGUGAGGAACACUGUCGACACGGGCAGGACAGUUGUUUGCACCAUCCAUCAGCCUAGCAUCGACAUUUUCGAAGCCUUCGAUGAGCUGUUCCUGAUGAAGAGAGGAGGGGAGGAGAUAUACGUGGGUCCUCUAGGGCACCAGUCAUGUGAUCUCAUCCAAUACUUUGAGGGAAUCGAACGGGUCAGCAAGAUCAAACCAGGGUACAAUCCGGCAACUUGGAUGCUGGAAGUGACCUCACAGGCACAAGAAGACAUACUAGGUGUUAGUUUCGCAGAAGUCUACAAGAACUCAGAUCUGUACCAGAGAAACCAGAGCGUGAUCAGGGACCUAAGCAGGGCCCCUGCUGGCUCCAAUGAUCUCUACUUCCCGACGCAGUACUCACAGAGCUCCAUCACCCAGUGCAUGGCGUGCCUGUGGAAGCAGCACCUGUCCUACUGGAGGAACCCCCAGUACACCGUGGUCCGCUUCUUCUUCUCCCUCGUCGUCGCGCUCAUGUUCGGAACCAUAUUCUGGCAACUCGGGGGCAAGACGUCAAGGAAGCAGGACCUGUUCAACGCGAUGGGUUCCAUGUACGCGGCGGUGCUCUUCAUGGGGAUCUCCUACUCAUCGUCGGUGCAGCCUGUGGUGGCGGUGGAGCGGACGGUCUUCUACCGGGAGCGGGCGGCCGGGAUGUACUCGGCGCUGCCGUACGCAUUCGGGCAGGUGGUGGUGGAGCUCCCCUACGUGCUGGUGCAGUCGCUGGCAUACGGAGUGAUCGUCUACGCCAUGAUCGGCUUCGAGUGGGAUGCCAAGAAGUUCUGCUGGUACCUCUACUUCAUGUACUUCACGCUGCUCUACUUCACCUACUACGGCAUGCUCGCCGUGGGGCUCACCCCCAGCUACAACAUCGCCUCCAUCGUCUCCUCCUUCUUCUACGGAGUGUGGAACCUCUUCUCGGGCUUCGUCAUCUCACGGCCGACGAUGCCGGUGUGGUGGAGGUGGUACUCGUGGGUGUGCCCUGUGUCAUGGACACUCUACGGGCUGGUGGCCUCACAGUUCGGUGACCUCACGGAGAUUCUCGACAGCGGCGAGCCCAUCGACGCUUUCCUCAAGAGCUUCUUCGGAUUCGAGCACGACUUCCUGGGUGUCGUCGCCGUCGUCACUGCCGGGUUCGCCGUCCUGUUUGCUGUCGCCUUCGGUCUCUCCAUCAAGGUGCUCAACUUCCAGAGAAGGUGAUUCAUCUUGCAGUGGCAGUGCACGGAAGGACAAACGGCCCAAUUUCAACCAGCCGGAAACGAAUGCUCCGAAUGUGUUUGUAGUUUGUAUUGGUUCCUAUAGGUACAUAUGUGCUCGGCACGUCGCAUAUUCUUUUUCUCUCGGUUCCAUUGAUUAUUUUUCCUUAGUUUUGUUUUCCGCUUAGUUGAUCAAUCUGAUCUGCACGUGUAUACAUAAACAUUGCGUAGCAAUGGUUUACUCUGUAGCAAGAAAUUUAUACAAGUAUAUAUGAUGAUGAAGAGAAUUUUUUUGGGUGAA